AUUGAAAUUCCGACGGCACUCUUAUCACCAACUAACUCUCGUCAACCUUCAAUCGAGAGUAGGUCCAAAGCUUGUACAACCGCCACCCUAAGAACAACAUAUAUAGAAACAGAGACUAUCGACCUAUUAUUCCUGUAUCCCAUUCGCUACAUCUACAUCACCCUCUUGUCACGAGAUAAUCUUGAAUCUUGGAAAACACUCCGUCCUGCAAUGACCGUCUUUAACAUCGACGAGGAGGACAACCUCAACCGCAUGCGCCGCGGCGAUCUGUACUACGCCUUUACACCCGAUUUGGUAGCAGCCCGGAGGCGAUGCAGGCAAGCCGUUACUCGACUCAACGCAGCCGAGGACCCAACACGCCGCGAGAUGGCUGAAUUCUGGAGACAGAUCACAAACGACGACCGCCCUUUACCUCCGCCUGCAGCCACAGAAGAUGAGGACGACAACGUGCUGCACGAGUAUCCCUGGAUUGAAGCCCCCAUCAGGAUCGAUUACGGCACGAAUAUCAAAGUAGGAAGCAAUGUUUUUAUCAACUUCAACUGCACAAUACUUGACACAUGCCAAGUAACCAUCGGUUCAAGGACGUUGAUCGGGCCAAAUGUUUCAUUCUUCUCCGGUACGCAUCCUUUGGAUCCUGACCUGCGUAAUGGCACAGAUGGUCCAGAACUGGGCGGUACAAUCACUGUAGGUGAAGAUUGCUGGAUUGCGGGCAACGCGACCAUUCUUCCGGGUAUCACAAUCGGUGCUGGUUCCACAGUUGGUGCGGGAAGUGUUGUCACAAAGGACGUGCCGCCUUACCAUGUGGUUGCUGGAAACCCUGCCAAAAUCAUUCGUAAGCUUGAAAGGAACCCCAACGGAAAGCAAGAGGUGUAGAUCGAGGUCUUGGGUGGCCUGGAGUAUGAUUAUCAAUGUAACUGUUCUCUCCAAGUCCUAGAAUUCUCCAGGAUCAACAGAGCAUUGAGUUUUCACUCAGACGGCGAUAGCAUUCAAGCUUAAGUGCGGUUUAAGUAAAGUUUGAAGUCUAUAUGCAUUAUAGUAUCCUGUAGCUCUGGCACUAUGUCCCUUAUGGACCCAGCAACGCAACUCACCUCUGCGGCUCCGACGCGAACCACGCAGCGCGAUUCGCCACUACGUCAAAGCCAAAGACUACAGAUAUGCAAGCAAAGAUGGGAG